CUUCUCUCUUUUGGUAUGAAAAGUAGUAUGUACCAAGGCAAUUAUCCACUCACUGACCAGCACGCCAACACAGUUCAGAGAGAGAGAGAGAGAGAGAGAGAUAAAGACAAAAGACAACCAAACAACACCAAACAAUGUCUGUGCUGCUAUAUAUAGGUGGAGAGAGAGACAGCGGGUUUUCUUGACUGAAGUUCUUGGUGCGGGUGUGGUGUCGAAUUGAGAGAGAGAGAGAUGGAGGGUGGCAAGGGAGCGGAGGCAGGACCCUCUUCUGGGUUUUCUUCAGGUUGUGGUGGUGGUGAAGAGACACAAGAAGAGAAGAAAGAAGUAGAAGUGACUGAAAAGCCAGGGGAGGGUUUUGACGAUGAAGCUGUUACUGAAGAUCGUGAUGAUGAUGACAACAAUGGUACUGAAGUUUUUGGUAAUUUUGUUCCUAGCCCUCUUGUUCCUCUCAAAGAUCAGAUUGAGAAAGACAAGGAUGAUGAGAGCUUAAGGAGGUGGAAAGAGAAGCUCCUUGGUUGUGUCGAAAGCGAUUUAAAUGGACAAAUGGAGCCAGAAGUUAAAUUCCACUCCAUAGGAAUCAUAUCUGAUGACAUUGGGGAGAUAAAUACUCCCUUACCUGUUGAUGAAAGUGAAAGUGGUCUUCUCCUUUUUACUCUCAGGGAGGGGUCUCGGUAUCAGCUUAAGUUAGCAUUCACUGUUCUGCACAACAUUGUCUCCGGCCUGGCCUACUCUAAUACAGUUUGGAAGGGAGGCAUCCAAGUCGAUAAAAGCAAAGGGAUGUUGGGUACUUUUGCUCCUCAACGGGAACCGUAUGUACACAACUUAGAUGAGGAGACCACUCCUUCUGGUGUGCUUGCAAGAGGAAUAUACAACGCAAAGCUUAAGUUUGAAGAUGAUGACAGAAGAUGUCAUAUGGAGCUGAAAUACUCAUUUGAAAUAAAGAAGAGCAGAUAGGAAGUCCUCCCUAGUCCAAGUGUGUUUUCUUCAUGUCUUCGAACAUUAUUUUUUUUUUUUUUUUUGUUCCCAAUUUCUUUUUCUAUGGACUGCACCCAUGUUUGUUAGGUUGCUAUUUAACAAUUAAUUGCUUUGUAGGCGUGUUAGGACAGAUCUGGAUCUCUGUUACCUUUACCCAUACACCUUGAAUACUCAAUACAAAGGUUUUGCAUGGAGUGAGUGGGAAGCAGCAGCAGUAAUGAAACUAUAAUAUUUCGUAAUUCUUGAUGAAAAAUGUUAUUUGGUCUAUGUUGUUGUAUUCAAUGCACAAAAUUCCUGUUAAGUGGUAUUUAGUGAAGCUUGAUUAUUGAGACUGCCUUGUCUGAAGCAAGACCCUGUGAAUCUGUGAUAUUCACUCACGAAAACAAUGGCCAAGGGUUGGACAAGUCCUUAGUAGAGGACUGUUUAUUUCGAUCUUGGGUUGAUUUGGUACGUGAUACGAGUAUGAGUAUAUGAUACGAUACCAUCUUUCAAUAUGUAGUGCGAUAGAAUAGACUUGAUUGAUACAUUACUUUGGGUCGUAGUUUAUUUUCUAUAAGAUCGAUUCCUUUAUUAUGAG